UAAGCACAGUCAGAAAAUUCAUGUUCAAAACUUGUGCAAUCAAAUCUCCAAAUAAAACCUAGUUUCUUAUAAUAGUUGUUUUCAAAUUCAGUGUGUCUAUUGCCAUGUCAGAGGAACCAUCCACAUCAUCCAGCAGUGCCAUUGAUGAGCAGCCAGAUGAAGACGAGGACUUAUUGCUUAAAGAUGAUGCCGCUGAGAUUGAACGCUUACAGUUGCCUAUCCAGUCUCAGGAGCCACAGCAGCAGGAGGAGGAUGACGAACGCAUUGCCAGAAUUGAGUUUCGCUGCAGUUGCUGUGACAUGCAUGAAUUGGUCCAUUAUUAUGGCCGUGAGCCUCCUUUUGCCCUUGGCAUUCUGUUUCGCGAGGACACCUAUGUGAUGCGUGACCCAUUUCAGGCGCCGCCGCCACGUUGGCAAACGAAGGCUGAAUAUUAUAUAGCUAUGGGCGUCAACUGCGCGAACUGCUCGAUAGUCGUUUGCAAGGAUUCCAGUUGCAGUUUCUACUACACAAAAACCUUAUGCCUGCCCUGUGGCGCUGAGGAGCUUAAGUCUUGGCCAGUGGAGGCUCAAACGCGGUUACGCAAGCAACUGGCGGCGGCUAAGGAAAGCGGUUUAUUAAAGUAGACGUAAUAUGUUUAAAACGAUUGUAAUUUAACUAAAGAAUAGGCAUUUUAAA